AUGGUUAGUAAAAAUCGUGAAGCACAUGUUGUCGUUGCUGUCCAUUUUGGUGCUGUUAAGACAUACAAAGGUAAAUGGGGGAUUUCUAAUAAUUUUGAUGGUUCACGGCUUUUCAUUAAUGACAAUUUUGAUGAGAUGCUAUCGUUCAAGGAAAAGUUUCUUUCAAAACUUGCUUCUUCAACCGAGUCAAGUAGCCAUGCUGGGUCAUAUAUGAUGUGUUCUGUGGAAGAUGAAUUUUUAAACAAUGAUGUUUUUUCACCAAUUGCUUAUCUUGGCUCAAUCACAGAGAAAGUGGUUAUUGUUGGAACUAUCAUAGCAAUCAUUUCUGAUAAGAUGUGGUAUUAUGAUGGGUGUAACCAUUGCAAGUCCAAGCUUGAGCAAAAGUUUGAAACUUAUGAUAAGGAAGAUGGAACAAGUGAUGUUAGAGAUGAGAAGGUGUAUCAAUGUUCCAACAAGGAUUGUCAAGUAAAAGAAUUUUUCCCGCUGUCCAGGUUUAAAAUACCAAUUCGGGUUCAAGAUUCAACCGGUACGGUGACACUUAUAUUGUUUGACCAUGAGGCAUUGAAGUUUGUUGGGAAAACUGCAAAGGAACUUAUAGAAAUUCAGGACGAGUUACUCAAGACAAAUGAGCUUCCAAGAAAAUACCCUGUUGAAUUUGAAACGUUGGUUAACCUAAAGUGUGCUUUCGUGAUCAAACUCAAUCAAAAAUGGAAAAACGACCAGCUUGAUGUCUCUGAUUCGUUUGGUAUGAGUCAGUCUGAGUUCCAAUAUGCUGGUGGUGAAUGCUCUAAGGAUUACGUGGGUGACUUGAAGCAAUCAUCUUCUGAUUUGAAGCGUAACCUUGGUGAUGUUUAUGUGAUUGAAGAGGGAUUGGGGUCGGCAGCAAGUAAGCCUCGCAUGUGUGUUGAGAACAAUGAUAUUGACGAAGAUUUAUGCAAGAAUUGA